AAUUCGCUUGACAUAUUCUGUGUGCUGUUGUUUCCUACGCGACAUCAACGGAAUGUUAUUUCUUAUAUUUAGCUUCACGUAAAUAUUCGUUAGAAAAUAGAAACGAUGAAAAAUUUAACGUGGUUAUUGUUGUUGGUGGUUUAUAUUAACUUAUGCUAUUGUUUUCGAAGGAAAGAUUAUAAGCUAGGUGUGGUAGUACAUCAAACACCAUCAGAUGCUGAAUUGCCGCUAAAUGACACUAUUAUUAAGACAAAUCUCAUAGAGAAAAAUUCAAUUUCAUUAACCAGUAAUAUCCAAACUAUUUCCAAGAUAGAUAUUUUCGAAACUUCUAAAAUUGUUUGUAAUUUGAUAAGCGAUGGAGUUGUAGCUGUAUUUGGUCCACCUAAUCGUAUAACCACACCUGUAGUGGAAUCAACUUGUAAAAGCCUCAGUAUCCCUUACAUCGUUACUUCAUGGAGAAAAACUAAUACUGAAGAAUCGAAUGUUUUUUUGAAUUUCCACCCAGAUGCAGAUAGACUAGCUAAGGGUAUUGCAGAAAUUAUAAGAAGUUUGGAAUGGGUAGGUUUUAUUAUUUUAUAUGAGGACGAAGAAGGUUUAGUUAAUUUGCAAGAAGUUAUAAAACUUCAAAGCGUUGAAAAAACAGAUAAUCAAGAUUUUAUUCGUAUAGAACACCUCGUUGGUGGGCCAGACUAUAGACAUAUAUUCAAAAAAUUUCAAAAUAGCACGGAAAAUAAUAUCAUUUUGGAUUGCAAGACCGAAAAUAUUUUGCCCAUAUUAAAACAAGCCGCGCAAUUGGAUAUGGUAGAUAUACGAUAUAACUAUUUUCUCACAUCUUUGGAUGCCCACACGGUGGAUUAUUCUUCUUUGAAUCUAACGGCAAACCUAACAACAAUCAGAAUUUUUGACAACAAUUCUGAAAAUUUAAAGUAUACUUUACAAAAAUGGAGCAACACCGCUUUUGAAUUUUAUCGUAACGCCGUCGAUAUACGUCCUGAUACUAUAUCAACAGAAACAGUACUCUUACACGAUGCCCUAUUAUAUUUAUCGACCGCUCUGAAGGAUAUGCCGAAUAUUUCACAAGACAAAGUCAACUGCUUCGGGUUGGGAGAAUUUAUUGAUGGACCUGCUAUAAUAAACGCUACGAAAUAUGUAGAAGGACUGUCGCCUGUAACUGGACCAAUAAAGUUUGAUGAUUAUGGUAAUAGAAUCGAUUUUAACAUUUAUGUGUACACUCAUUUGGAUAAUCAGGCGAUAGCUACUUACCAAGCACAAAACGAAAUGUUGCAACUGACAAGAACAUCCGAAGAAACUAAUUUGGCUUCUAUUUCAAAUUUGAAAAGGAUUAAAGUGAUAGUUUCGACAAGAAUCGGUGAACCUUAUUUAAUGUACGCCGAAUCCCCGGAUGGUACACCGUUGCAGGGUAACGACAGAUACGAAGGUCUAACGAAAGAUUUGAUGGAUGAAAUAGCAAACAUUUUGGAAUUUCAAUAUGAAAUUUACUUAACAGAAGGUAAUAUUUAUGGCAAAUUUAUUGAAUCAGAAAAACGGUGGACAGGUUUGAUAGGAGAUCUUCUUGAAGGAAGGGCGCAUCUUGCACUUUGUGAUUUAACAAUUAAUCAACAAAGACGAUCAUACGUAGAUUUUAGUAUGCCUUUUAUGACUUUGGGUAUCGCCAUUAUGCAUAAAUUGCCAGCUAAAGAAGAAGCCAAUCCAUUUGCUUUCUUAGAUCCUUUCUCUACAGCAGUUUGGAUUUAUUCAGCUACAUUAUAUUUAGUCGUAUCUAUUGUACUCUAUUUCAUUGCAAGAAUGACUCCAGGAGAUUGGGAAAAUCCUCAUCCGUGCGAUGAGAAUCCUACGGUACUAGAGAAUAUCUGGGGCUUGAAAAACUGUCACUGGGCAACACUAGGUACUAUAAUGAACCAAGGAUGCGAUAUUUUACCAAAGGGAAUUUCUUCGAGAUUGGCACUCUCGAUGUGGUGGUUUUUUGCUCUUAUUAUAACUAACUCUUAUAUAGCUAAUUUGACGGCAUUUCUAACUAAAGCUAAUUUGGAACCUCCUAUCAAAAAUGUGGAAGAUUUAGCUAAACAGAACAAAAUAAAAUAUGGACUUUUAGAAGGAGGUGCGACUGAACAAUUUUUCAAGGAAUCUAAUCUAUCUCUCUAUCAGAAGAUGUAUGUGGAUAUGAAAGCCCAGAGACCCAGUGUAUUCGAAAGAGAUAAUUUAGAUGGUGUUCAACGUGUACAAAAUACUAAAAAUGAAUUGUACGCUUUUUUAAUGGAAUCUACCGGUAUAGAAUAUCACGUUCAAACCAAAUGCGAUUUGAAACAAGUUGGAUCGUGGUUAGAUUCGAAAGGUUUUGGUAUAGCUAUGCCUAUGAAUGCCAAUUAUAGAGGAGCUAUUGAUAAGGCUAUCUUACAACUACAAGAAGCUGGUAAACUUUCUUAUUUAAAAGAGAAGUGGUGGAAGUUAAAAAGAAAAGAGCCGUUAUGUGAAAACAUUAGAUCUCAAAAUAAAGACGAUAAUGGCGAUUUAGAUUUGGCAAGAACAAGCGGUAUCUUUUUAGUAUUGACUGUUGGAGUGGCCAUUGCUAUAGCUCUAGGUUUGACGGAAUUUUUAUGGAAUGUGAGAAAUAUAUCAGUAGAAGAACAUAUAUCUUUUUGGGAUGCUUUGAAAAUAGAAGUAAAAUUUGCUGCUAAUAUUUGGAUAACGAAGAAAAAAAUUAAGCCGGUGGUGUCUGAAUCAACUUCAUCAGAAAGCAAGAGCGAAAAAGAUAAUAAAAGCAUGAUUCACAGUUUCUUACAAACGGCUAGUUCUUUCAUAAAUUUGCAGCAAAGUUCUUAGUUCAAAAAUUUACUUUGAGAAAUUACACUUGAUUACAAUACAUAUUACCGAUGUUAUCGACACUUAUAUAUGGAUUCAUUUGAGCGUACCUCGUAUAUACAAUAUACUGUUAUUUUAUAUUGAAAUGAUUGUGUUAUUGUAGUAUUUAGAUUUUUGUUAGAAAUAAUUUAUCUAAAUAUUUUAAAACUGUGUCAUUACAGGAUUGUAUGUGCUACUAAUAUUAAGUAAUUUUAAAAACAGAUAUAGAGAAAUAAAAGUUAAUUAAUAAUUAUAAAUUCACUGA